AUGAUUACCGAAUUUGUGUGCAAGAUUACAGGAAAGAAAUCGGAAUUCAAUAUGUUCAAUGUUCGGUUUGCGACUGCCAUGCAAUGGUACAAUAUUGACAAGGCAUGCCUCCUUCUUGGUUACGAGCCCAAAAUUUCUUUAGAGGAGGGGGUACAUCAAACUGUCAAAUGGUGGAAAGCUUCUGGAGCCGAAAAUCAGAAGAAAAAGCAUGCUUGA